AUGAAAUACCACUCCAACUCCAAGUGGUCAGCUACAAAUCAACCGCUGGAGUAUGAUCCAGACUUCAAGGGACCGCUCUCGAAGCGAUCCUGUACGGAUAUUCCAUGUUUGUUAUUGUUUUUUGUCUUUCUAAUAACUUGGGCAGGCGUAGCCUGCUAUGCCUUUCUCAAGGGUGACUUGGAUCGUUUGCUGGUGCCAACCGAUUCGGAUGGGCUUAAGUGCGGUGUGGACAGUGAAGUUCAGCAUGAACCGUACCUGGUGUUCUUGGACAUCACGGAGUGUGCCAAGUAUGACGUUCGACUGCACGGCUGUAAAACGCCUCAGAUUUGCGUGAAACAGUGUCCUACCGAAGAUUUCGAUUUCCUGGCCGAUUCGUGCAAUAGCAGUUCACUGGCCACCAUCCGGUCGCAGCUGAUCUGCGAUUGUUUGAUCCAGAAAGACCAGCUAAGCUGCAACGACAUUCAGACUCAUAUCGAUCGGGGACAAUGUGCUAAGUAUUACCGUAAAAGUGUUCCUUUCGCGAAGCGAUGCAUUUCCGACCUGCCAGACAGCGAGUGUUCGUAUAUUCCGUCCAAGAAUUUGAGACAGUACCAACUAACACCGCAAAACAGCACUCGCCACGGUAAACAACUCUCGGUGGCAAUGAGACAGGAUUGUGCCAACCAACGGCGACUCGGUCGUCAGCUGCAGGUCGAACGGAUGAUCAAGCUGCAAUCCUAUUUCGCCCGUUACGUAGACAAUGUGCUGUCACACCCGGGUGCAUCAGGUUUUGUUCUCCAGACCGGUCAGAUGGUCGUCGAGGACAUUAUGGAAAGUAGGCCACUAGUUAUCGGCCUUCUGGUGGCAUCCCUUCUAGCCAGUUUGAUCUUUAUCACGAUGCUUCGCUGGAUUGCGAAGCCCAUGGUGUGGAUAUCGAUUCUGGGUGCAAUUGCCACUCUCUGCUGCGGAAUUUACUACAGCUACGAGCAGUAUCAGUCGGAAGAGACGUGGCUCCCGAUAUUGAUCAUUCUGUCGAUCGCCCUGGUCGUUCUGCUGCUGGUGGUUUUGAUACUUUGCGGGCGAAUCGCUAUCGCGAUCGUCCUGAUCAAGGAGGGAAGCAAAGCCGUCACUGCCAUCUUUGCCACUGUAUUCUUUCCGAUUAUACCGUGGGUUUUGCACAUUCUGGUUACAGUUUUUGCGAUUACCGUGGGUCUUUAUUUGGCUUCGAUAGGUUAUCCCAAAGAUAUACCCAAAGAGGUUGGCUAUUUUCACGCAAUCAAUGUCGUUGAGUUCUUCUGGGGGAUUUGCUUCAUAUCGGCAUUCGGCGAGAUGGUGCUAGCCUUCACCUUUGCCACCUGGUACUGGACAUUCCGUAAGAAGGAUCUGCGCUUCUUCGUACUAACCACUGGAUUCCUGCGAACCGUUCGCUACCAUCUGGGCACGCUAGCAUUCGGAUCGUUUAUUAUUGCAAUUUGCAAGAUUGUUCGUGUCAUGCUGGAGCUCACUAAUCACAGGUCUCAAGGGAACCCUGUGGUGAGGGUCGUAUGUAGCCUAUUGAAUUGCUGCUUCCGGUGGCUGGAGAGCUUCCUUAAGUUCCUGAACACUAACGCCUACAUCAUGUGCGCCAUACAUGGGAAAAACUUUUGCUCCAGUGCGAAGGAUGCGUUCAGUCUGCUGGCCAGAAAUGUUCUGCGGGUGAUCGUACUGGACAAGGUGACCGGAUUUCUGUUCUUCCUGUCGAAGCUGUUGCUAGCCUGCGGCAUGGCAGCCAUAACGUUUAGCAUAUUCGACUCAGGAAUCACUAAGCAGCUGCAUUAUCCCUUCGUGCCGGCGAUUUUGGUGUUCGUUGGGACGUACGUCAUCGCAUCCGUAUUCUUCAGCGUGUACUCGGUGGCGGUGGAUACGCUGUUCCUUUGCUUUUUGGAGGACUGCGAACGUAACGACGGUACUCCGGAGAAGCCAUACUACAUGUCUAGGAGUUUAAUGAAAAUCCUGAUCAAAAAGUAAAAGUUUUCCAAUGCCCACUAG